GAACCAUCCGGGGAUCGCUGCCUACGCGCGAAAUGGAGUCAGAGUAAACAUCGAAAGAGUGUCAGAAAUACCAGAUAGUGUGGAGGAUGCAGCUACGUCCUAAGUCGAACGGACCCACUCACCGGGCUGUGAUUGGUCUAGCCAAGUCGAACGGUCCCACCAACCGGGCUGCGAUUGGUCUAGGCAAGUCGAAAGGUCCCACCCACCGGGCUGCGAUUGGUCUAGCGAAGGGCGGGGACGGGCUCAGUCCACACAUCGCAUCACGGAAACGCACUCACAAGAUCGACAAGUCAGCCACAGAGGUUGUGAAGGAGACACCGGUGAAGAAAUAUCAUGCAGAGAAUGGCUACGUCGACCACACGCCCCAACCACGGACCAACGGCACCGAUACACUCAUCUCAUCAACACCACAUCACAUCAAAUCAAAACUCAAGAAAAAAGCCAGCGAGGAUAAGAAGCAGCUCCGUGUGAAGAAUGACCCGACCAGUCCGCCUCGGACGUCGCUACUCGGGACGAUAUUCUCCCCCCUGUACCCCCCGUACGUGGGGCACGAAGGGGACACCGAGCUGCCUUCUCAGAAACAGGAGCUGGAAGACAUCGCGCGGUCUCUCAUUCUCGACAUGAAAUCCGCCGAAACUGACCAGGAUAACAACACCUGCAACUACAACAUCGGCAAGGAGAACGAGGACCCGUCGAUGGAGGAGUCUAUAGACUGCCACGAGCCGUGUGCCGUCGAGAAGGUGUACGAGGAGAACAACAACACUGGAGGCGGCGGGGCUGGGAUGGUUGUGUUUAGCCCGGGCACCGGUACGACGGGGGCCGAGUGUGGGGGGGACGCGGCGAUCACCGACCACGGGGAACUGACCGUGUACAACGCGGCGGACAUCGCCGACUGCGACUCGACUACGUGCAUCGUAGCCGAGGAAGAAACCUGUGAGGAGGAGAACUACGAGUGGGAGCAGGAGACGUACGACCCAUACACAAUAAUUCGGAGUUUACCUCCCCUGACGGACGAGUUGCGAGCCCGGGCGCCGGCCUUGCCACUCAAAACACGAAGUUCACCAGAGUUUUCACUAGUUCUAGAUUUGGACGAGACGUUAGUUCACUGUAGUCUGACAGAACUAGAGGAUGCGGCCUUCUCUUUUCCGGUCUUGUUCCAGGACGUCACUUACCAGGUGUUUGUAAGGACGCGGCCGUAUUUCCGGGAGUUUCUGGAGCGCGUGUCUCAAGUGUUCGAGGUAAUUCUGUUCACGGCGUCGAAGAAAGUCUACGCCGACAAACUGCUUAACCUGCUCGAUCCCGACAAGAAACUCAUCAGACACCGUCUGUUUCGAGAACACUGUAUCUGUGUUAACGGCUAUUACAUUAAAGAUCUGAGUAUUCUCGGGAGAGACCUCGCCAAAACCAUCAUCGUUGACAACUCUCCGCAAGCGUUUGGAUAUCAGCUAGAUAACGGCAUCCCUAUAGAGAGUUGGUUUGUUGACAAGCUGGACAUAGAACUCAUGAAGCUGUUGCCCUUCUUGGAUGAUGUUGUCAUGCAGCACCGUGACGUGAGACCUCUGAUCCGAGACCGGUUCAAACUGCACACACUGCUGCCGCCAUGACGACUGUGACCGAGUCCACCCACCCCACCCUGGUUACCGUGGUGACUGUGACCGAGUCCACCCACCCCACACUGGCUACAGUGGUGCACCACUCUUCACAUGUUAAACGUCACCAGUCGCAAGACGGACUCUUAUAAAUAACAUUAUAUAUACAUCUAUAUAUAUAUAUAUACACACACACACACAUACAUAUAUAUAUAUUUAUAUACGGUUGAAUCCUGUUGGCUUGAACCCAGUCGGUGCUCGAGAAAGUGUUCGACCCAUUGGAUAGUUCGACCUAUCCAUUCGGUCAACAACGUGUAUGUGCAACUUGGGACUUCAUUAUUGGUUCGAGUGUUGUGGUGUAUUCGAACCAAUGAGAUUCUACUGUGUGUAUAUAUAUAUAUGUGUGUGUUUGUGUGAAUUACAAUACUUACAUGUACUUUGUAUGUUCUUUGUUGAUUGUUAUUGUUUCCCUGUGAUCAGAUUUCAGCAUGUGUGCUGCAUGAAAUUGUCCUAUUUUAAAGGCAUCUUUCAAAAAGAAAAAAAGAAAAACCGAAUCAUGAAAACAAUACCUGACGUUUUUUCUUUUUUUUAACAAAUUUCCUAAACUUUUUUUUUCUUUUUUUCUUUUUUUAAAUUCACAAAAUAUUUUGCAAACCAGAUCAAUACUACUAUAUUGGUGUUUAUUAUGUUUGAAAAUAUGAAUCUUUUUAAGAAACUUACAUGGCUACAUCGAUAGAACGCAGUCGUGUCUUAAGAAUAAAACAAUAUUUACAAAUGUUUGGUGCAACAAAUGACAUCCUGUAUCACGAUUGCUCUCAUUCCAUAUUCAUCACUCAUUGAACCGAAUACACAAAUAUAUAACAUUGUAUGUAAUAUUUACUCUACAGUUGACCUUUCUAAUUCAUGCUAACCAAAACGCAAUGCCGCUCCAGGUGUUUUUUAUGUGGUCUUUGUCUAAUGGCAUCUCGUGUUGUAUUACAGAAAAACUAAUUCUGUGAAAUUUAUCGUUUUACACUUUGUACACUUAAAGAGACGGACCCUAGUUUGUAGACACUAAUACAUAUUUUUCACUUUUAGAGCUGGUUAUCAUCACUGAAAUCAAACUUUACUGGUAUAUUUUAUUGCUUAGAUUAUCCAUUUCCAUACAACCGAAGUGUUUCUGGUCAUCCUGGUGUUUCUAAUAGCACAAAAUGCAUUUUUCAUAUUUUUAAAAACGCAUGUGUGUCUGAGAAGUAACGAUGAUGGAGUUGCGUUUUAGUCCAUUUUUUAAGGGUAUUUCAAGGUUACAGACUCUGGUUUUACUCAGUUUGUUACAGGUUUGUAAAUUAACCAAACUUAGUGUCCAUUGUUACGGGUUGAAACUAGGGUCUAGGUGAAAAAUAUGCCUUAGUGUUUAAAAACUAGGUUCUGUCCCUUCAAUACCUUUUUGUCUCUAGACAACAGUUUUUAUCCAACAAUUGGCCUGUUUUCAUAUUGUUAUGUACAGGGACUUGAUUUUAUUUUGUAUUUUAAAAUCUAAUAUUUUACUUAGUAAUUUUAAUAUGUUGAACAAAUUUUCUCUUUACUGGAUAUUAGUUUUAAUGUACGGAAUUUAUUCUUCAUUUAUCAUCAUUUGACACCUAAUAGCCGAUGUAUUUUUCGUGCUGGGGUGUUGUUAAACAUUCAUUCAUUCAUUCAUUCAUUCAUUCUUUCUUCAAUUAAUUAUUUUUAAAUGUACAUGCCACCACCGAUUUGAAAUAACAAGUAUCAGUUUUAGUCUGCAGGUUUCCAGGAUUCGUAGCAGUUUUCAAUUGAAAGUCUGAAUUUAAAAAAGAAAUUUUUUGGUUUUUGAAAGUCUUUGAAUUGUAAUAAAAGUCUUUAAAUUCUCACAAAUCAAUGAUUAUAUAUUUUACAGCUGCAUGCACUUGAUAUUUUACAGUUAAACGUUUAAUCUGUCAGGAUGUAUGUAAAAAAGCUCAAUUUUUUUGCCAUGGACAGCAACAUAAAGACACUUAUUUGGUAUUUUCAUCGCAUUCCAUUGUCUUUGACCUCUGUGUACAAGUCUUUGAAAGUCUGAAAAUAGCAGCUGAAAAAGUCUUUGAAAGUCUGAAAAUAGCAGCUGAAAAAGUCUUUGAAUUUGUUUCGUCUUUAAGGAAAUGGUUUAUUUAACGGCACACUGAACACAUUUUAUUUACGGCUAUAUGGUGUCGGAGUUUGGUCUUUAAGGCUAUGAACCCUGGAUUUCAAGCAUAGAAUUUAAUCUUUUGUCAUUAAAUCUGAUCCUAUUCUACAUGCUGCAUAUGUAGUGGAAAUUGAAGUUUGCUCUUAUUUUAAUCGGUCUUCACUAUUUGGCCAACGUUAUUCCAUAAUGGUCAAAAUAGAAGAAACAUUUCUUGUUGAAAACUAAAUAAAACAAAAACAAAAACGUGACAUUUGGUUGGUGCAUUCAUUUAUGAAGUAUAUUUACCCAACAUUUUGACUUGUUAUUCAUAUUUGCUAAGCUGGUAAAUGGCAGCAUAAAUUAUUGAUAUUCAUCACAUGAUCAACAGUGUCACGUUUUUUUUUGUAGAGAUCUAUUCUUUUUGUAGAAAUCUAUUCUGUUUGUAGAGAUCUAUCGGGAAAUGUCUCGUGGGCAGACAUGUGCUGAAAUCUUGUUCACGAUUGUAUUGUUUUACUUGCCACAAACUUUAUGAUUAUAGAGUGCACAUUUUUAACAUGAUCCUAAAUGCAUACCAUUGUACAAAAAAAAACCUCCAACAGCAUAUAGUGAAAGCAUAUGUCAUUGUAAAUUACCAUUUUGUAAAUUACCAUUUUAAUGAUGUUUUAGAUUUUAUGACCUGUAUUCUAAGUUUUCAUGGCAUACAUUUGGGCUUUUUAUUUCAUCUUUACAUUGACCAAUUCGUCCAGGCUUUUCUAGUCAAACCGUAGUCUCUGCUUGUUUCUUUUUAUUCCUUUUUAAAAUCCCCACAUUUGUAGAAUUAUUAUCCAUACAUAAAUCAUCUUGGAUAUUUUUGUAAUUUGUCUUGUAACACGACUGAAAGUCAAAAUAUUAGCGGUUUUAAAAUUUAGCCAAAUCUAAAUAAGUGACAUAAAAUGUUAGUAAGUUUGUUCUAUCAGAAACUAAAAAGAAAAAAAAGCUUAAGUUGUAGGAUCAGAUGAAAUAAUACUUUUGAUAUAUUUUGCAGUUAUGCAGCUUACAGUCAGCUUAACAUUUAGUAGAAAAUUGCAGUAAUGUUAUGGUAGCCCCACUCCUGUGGCUAGUGAUAUUCAAUGUUGGGCUAGUAAAUAACUACUAUUACCUGAAUAUCCUUCCCCGACUCCUACCACCGUAAUCUUAGUGUUUAAACUCUUAUCUCCAUCUUUAGGUGACAUAUUUGAUUAUUACUAUUAGUAAAAUUAUAUUUACUUUAAAGUAAAAUAGGGCUGGUGGAUGUUUAAUUGUGGCUAGUAAAUGUUUUUAAUGACUGAUCCCAUGGCUAGUGGACUUAAUACAACUUGUAGAAGCUCUACCCUAUUUUACAGUCUCUUUAGCGUAUUAGAUGCAUCGUGAAAACAGACAAAUUGUAAUAUAUAUAUAUAUGUGUGCAGGGUUUCUGCCAGAGGGUAAAAUGGGUAUGGCGCCAUACCCAAAUUUUUAUUUUUUUAAGUUAACAUUUUGACAAAAUUACUGUAUGAUUUUGUUA